CCCCGUUCCCCUAAAUAUAUAUGUAUUAUAAAAUAAAAAACCCUAGGCCUAAAAUCUAUCUGUAAAAUCACAAAGAGGGAGAGAGAAAGAAAGUGAGAAAGAAUGGCGGAGCACUUGGCAUCAAUAUUUGGUACGGAAAAAGACAGAGUGAACUGUCCGUUUUAUUUCAAGAUAGGAGCGUGUCGACAUGGCGACAGAUGCUCAAGGCUACACACAAAACCGUCCAUUUCACCAACGCUUUUGUUAUCAAAUAUGUAUCAGCGACCUGAUUCCAUCACUCCUGGUGUUGAUCCUCAGGGCCAUCCCCUUGAUCCUCAUAAAAUCCAAGAUCACUUUGAGGAUUUUUAUGAAGAUUUGUUUGAAGAGCUGAGCAAGUACGGGGAGAUUGAAAGCCUAAACAUAUGUGAUAAUUUGGCUGAUCACAUGGUUGGCAAUGUGUAUGUCCAGUUUAGGGAAGAGGAGCAUGCUGCAACCGCUCUUCAGAAUCUGACUGGAAGGUUUUAUGCAGGUCGCCCUAUCAUCGUGGACUUCUCUCCAGUGACAGAUUUCCGUGAAGCUACAUGUCGGCAGUAUGAAGAAAACGUAUGCAAUCGUGGUGGUUACUGCAACUUCAUGCAUUUAAAAAAGAUCAGCAGAGAGUUGAGGAGAGAGUUAUUCGGGAAAAGCCGAAGGAGGAGAAGUCGAAGCAGGAGCCACAGUCCUCAGAGGCACCGUGGUUAUGAUGAGCGUGGCCGAGGCUCAGGAAGAAGAAGCGGUGACUAUGCAGAUCAUGAUUACCGUCAUCAUGAUAGGAGUGGCAGGAGGCCCAGAAGCAGGAGCCCCGCACGAAGAGGUGGACGUAGCAGAAGUCCUGGUGGAAAGAGAAACCGGAGCCCAGUUAGGGAAGGCAGUGCUGAAAGGAGGGCAAAGAUUGAGCAAUGGAACAGAGAAAGGGAGAAAGCAGAUUCACAACCAAAAAACACCACUGAUAACAAUAUCAAUGAUGGCGGCCUUAAUGAUGGAGGUGUUGCACCGAAUGGAGACCAGUAUUAUGAUCCUCUUCAGCAGCAGCAUCAGCAACAUGAUGAUGGAGGUUAUGAUAACUAGACAAAGUUGCAUCAUAGGGACACAGGGUACAGGUUCACUAGCCAUUUAAUCUAUUUUCUCCCUUUACACCCCUUUAAGGAAGACAGGGAGACGGGAAGAAAGGAUCAUUAGCUGCCAUCGCUAAAACAUAGAGUUAAAUAAAUAAAAAAAUCUAGCCCAAUUUUAGUCCAAUUUAUAUUUCAGGUUGCUGUCAUUUUUGUCAUAAAAAAAUCUUAACCCUUUUAAUAUUUUGAUUGAAAGGUAAACUGUAUAAGUUACCAAUUAGAAGUGAGGGUGUGAAAGAUAACCUGUCGUACACUUGAUGAUUUUGACUUUUUUAUUUUGAUAAACUCAUUGUUCACAAUAUUUCAUACUAUGAAGUUAACUCGAAUCCAAAGAUUUGAAAGCUUCGGGGUUUUUUUAAUGGGGCAAUGGCGAACAGUGUUGGUUACGUAAAAGAGAAAUUGGCCAACAGUUAGUCAUAUUUUAUCCACUUUACCUUAAAAUUAUAUGUCCAUACAUCUAGCCUUUUCUCUUCUCUCGGGUUGAAUAUUUUAUGUCACUUUAGCUCUUUCAGGAGUUUCAUUCGUCAUUCCUUUCUCCCGUUUCAGCUGAAUAUUGCUUUCAGAUUCUCAAAUCUUCUUGACAAAAAUUGGAAGUCUUUUUUUCUUUUCUCUUGGUGAAACCAGAAGUGUUAUAGAAGGGGAAAUGAUAUAUCUAUAUCAAUUUUUUGCCAUCUACAACAAACGUACAUAUUGUACUGCACAGUGUACAACUGUAUAAUGCGUGCAUUGUUGUAUAUGGCAAAAUCUUGUUGUAGAUUUAUCACUCCCCUAUAGUAAUACGUCAACAUACCCUGCUUGAUAUAUCAGUUUUGUAGGAAUGCAAGAAUUAGAUUUUGGGGCUCGGGCAAUUCUUUCCAUGAUAAGUAUAAAGGUUCCUUCUAUUUGAAUACAAGUAUUUAAUGAAGAAAUGUGAUCUUACUUAAUCUACUAGUUUUGCAGGUUCAGGUAUCCCUGCAUCAAGGAUCAGGCCUUAUUUAUUGCAGCUUACAUCUAUUUUUGUAUAUACAGGUUGACUAUCCUCAUCUACAGGGCGAUUAUAUGAAUUCAUAAUGUUACAUGGGGAAGGAACUAAUUGGAAGAUCAUGUGGCAUGAUAAACAUCUAAGGCUGAGUUUUACUUUCGUGUGGCUUUUUCAGUGACGAACCUAUGUUGAACCUAAGUAUUGUAUGUUUUCUUAAAAUAUUAUGGACUUCAGUUUCUGCAGAGAAUGGUGCUUGCACAAUGUAUCAAUCAAUGUAUUUGCACUUUUAGCUUUGUAUGACUUUAAAAUGUUAGCAAGUUUCUUCUGCUCAGCUGGUACUUAUUCAA